CACAUGUGAGAAAAUCUCACAAUGAUAUUUAUCCAUACAUCAAAAGUUGUCUGAGGAAUGUGGAAAUGAAUCCAGACGUACCCUUGGACGGACAUUUAGUGUUUUCUGAUUCGUUACUCAAAAUUUUCUAUCGCCGAAGACAGUACUAUGCCACAGUCCGUGCCAUUGCGACGAUGCGACAAGGAGUCCUUCGGAACGUUCCUAUCAAUCAGCUUGUCUCGCUGGCCUUCCUUUCAUCGCCAAAAGACUUGAGGUUGUUUGGAACAGACAACCCUACCCUAGCUUCACUCGUCUUUCAGAAAUAUAUAUCCGAUGGAACAAAUGACCUAUUUCACGAUUGGCAACUGUUUUGUAAGUUGCUGGAUGAUCCUGUGCAACGGUCCGAGUGUCUAGUUGAGGGUGCCAUUCACUUUGCCUUGGAAGUUAUCCCUAAGGGAUGGCACCAUAUAUGGAGGAUCCGCGGUUCCGAGCUCUUGUACCUGUUACAAGGCCACCGACAUUCAUCCGCCGACGAUGAUGAUACCCAGUCCACCUCUCACUUGACUUCGUUGAACGCGGGUAGUCCUUUUGUCGCGGAGACGCCAGAAGCAUCUCUAUUGAGAGACGUCUUGGGUGGCUUUUUGCAAGUUGCAAUGAGAACGAGUGAAAAGAGAAGAAAGGAAGAGAACAAACGAUUUACCAGCGCUGUGCGCCUUCACUUCCCAUUGAACAGUGGUGAAGACAUGAAAUUGGAAAUAUUCAUCAACUCUUCCGCAGGACACGCCAUUGUUCAAGCGGUUGGAGAUGAUGACUUGAUGAAGGAUAUGCUAGGCAAAUACCUGGCAGAUGCUAUGGAAGAUAGUCUUUGGAUACGGGGGGACCAAGCCAUAGGAGCAACGCGAACACACGAAGCAUUGGCUGUGAUCCCCACUGAAACGAAGGACUGUCGACUGCUUAUAUUGCUCCCCUUCUUGAAAGGCAGAGAGUUGUUCGAGCGCCUCUUUACUGUUUGACCAGUUUAAAAUCCAUGUCCAUGAUGAGAACACCAUUUUCGCUUGGAAGAA